UUUCAGGUUUAUGCAAGGAGGCAUAAGGAGAUUUUAUGAGCUAUUACGGAAUACUGAAUUGUUGUCAUCUAGUGAUGCAUUGCAUUAUCCCACUGGACCUACCACUGAGCCAAAGAUACCGUUUGGUGAUUUACUGAAGAAGCCGUUAUCAUUACCAACCACGUGGAAGGAUGAUCAUUCGAGAAUUCUUUCAAAAGCAAUGACAAACGAUACUGCUGAUCACCGUGCUCUAACUACGUCGUUAAUCACAUCGUUGUUGCUAGAAAACUGUGAUGGUAAAAUGUAUGAUCGAAGGCGGAAACGAUUUUGUGCUAAAAUUAAGGUAGAAAGAGGUCAUUUAUUACGAUCCGCAGCGGAAAAUGAUUUAGCGAUACAACGCUUCAAUAAUAUGCAUAACGAAAUAAAAAAUUCAACCACUAGAGAUAGUUUAUUUAUGAAAUGUCUUGAAUUCGGUGAUGUUUAUCUACGGGUAUCCACGACAAAGGUUGCUUUGUUGACAGAUUUUGAAACUUCAUUAUUAAAGGCAGUUAGUGACAUUGAAAUUCGAUUUCGUUUUCAUCAGUAUUCCGAUUUAUUCAAUUUUGUAAGCCAGCUAAGCGUAGGGGAUCGUGUGGUAGUGCAGCUUAAACCUGAAAUCGGUAAAAGGCGAACGACUGGAAGGUGUUUUAAGCCAGGCUGGGUAGAAUGGUUUGGUGAACCCGUGCCGGAUAGUGGAUUCCUAUUUGGUAUACGUCUUGAUAGUGCUGUUGGAGAUAUGGAUGGAUUUUACAAUGGUCGACGACUAUUUGCUGCUCCUCAUAAUGGAGCUGUUCUAGUAAGUGGUGAUCGCUUAAGAAAUCCACGAAACGUAAAUGUUUUGAAUGAAGACCCAACAUUUUCUGUUUAUGGCUUUCCAUCGUAUCUGGAUCAUUAUUCUGACGAUUACUCGCCGCUACGGCACAGAGAAUGUGAGGUUGUUAGUGUACCCGUGUCACCGUCAACAACUCAAAGCGAAGGCAUUAUCGUUCCUAUAACUCGUCUCGAUAGUAAUAGCAGUAGCAGUAAUAUUUCUUCCAAUCAUUCAGUGAUUCGAGAAGUUCCAAUAAAAAUUGUACCAGCAACAGGCAGUCAUAGCCAAGCGCCACGACCAAGCUGUCCCCCAUCAUCUGCCUCAUCAGUGGGCAGAUUUCCGGUGAAUGAUACAGAUGAAGUUUAUACAAGCUUGGAUAUUGAUCAAGGCCAGCAGUUACAAGAAAAGGUCAAUACCAACGCUAAAAUUUCAUCAAAAAAGCCUGUCUAUGAUAAUGUGGCAUCAAGAACAUUUUUAAAUGAUUCAUCUCGUAGUUUGUUGGGAACUAAACCAACGAAGCUUCGGGUAGCUACGGAAACAGUAAGGUUGAAUUUAAAUGAUGGAGGACUAAUGGAAGGUGAUCGUGUGGUUUGGUUCGAUGCAUUGGGCAUACCACGUCGAGGCACAGCUCGAUGGAUUGGUUAUCUGCGUGGACAUACAAACAUCUACGUUGGAGUUGAUUUUGAUGAAGCAAUAGGUGGUGGAACAGGGUAUUUUGAAUGUAUUGAGCUGUUCCGUUGUGCACCAAAUCAUGCAGGUCUAUUACCAUUAUCGGUAUGCAUGAAGGAAUUGGAUAUGGGUGAGGAAAAUAAUACCUCAGGUAUUGGAAGCUUUGGAUUACGACAAUCUUCAUCUGAACCACAGCAGCAGCAGCAGCAGCAGCCAUCAUUACCGUCACCGACUCGAAUUAAUAAGGAUAUGUCUUCUUUACAACUAGAAUCGUUGGUUAACGAAAAAGAAAAUAAGGAGACAUCCAAAUUAUCGCAAUUUACUGUAGGAUCAUGCGUUGAAGUAUUUUAUCGAAACAAGUUGCGCUGUGGUGUUGUUAAAUGGAUCGAUAAUAAUAAUGAGUUAAUCCAGAGCAACCGAUUAGUUGCUGUUGAAAUUGAAGGAGAUUUGCCGCAGGACUGGCAAACGAUGGAUAAACUACAACUUGAAGAUGCUCACAAAGCUGGUGUUUUUGCAAGUGGUAGUCCAGAUUCGAUAACUUUAGUGCCUUAUUGUGCACUUCGAUCUGAUGAUCGUUUCGUUUUAUCUGAUAUGCCUGACAACAAUAAUCAUGAAACGAAAACAAUGGUGUCAUCAAAUUUCGGAAGUUUGGAUAGUGGUAUUGAAGUUCGACCGUGUUUACCAGUGAAAAAUGUCGAGAAUCUGCUUGGUCGCAUGAAAGGAAUCCAAGGUUUCCGGAACAGUUGCUAUCUCGAUACGACGCUCUAUGCUAUGUUUUCGCAGUGUUCAGCAUUUGAUAGCAUAUUGGAAAGCAGGUGUGAAACUGAGGCAGAUUCAGUUCAUACAGAAGUCACUGAUAUCUUGAAAACUGAAAUUGUUUACCCAUUGAGAAGGUUUCAUUUUGUUCGAGCUGAUCACGUGUUAAAAUUACGACGGUUAUUGGAGGUGCUGUUACCUAAAAUGAAAGGUUUGACAACUGACGAAAAAGAUCCUGAGGAAUUGCUGAAUGCUCUGUUCAAUACAAUAUUGAGGGUUGAACCGUUUCUUAUAAUGAAAAAUACGACAGAUGGCAAAACAAAUCCCGCCUAUAUAUGUCCGUUAAUAACGGAAGAUCUAUGGAGCGAAAAACAGCGUCGACUUAUCAGUGUACAGGCGCUUCUCGAACGAUCACUUUUUGCAUCCAAUAUUCAGUUUGCAAGGGAACCAAAAGUUUUGAUUCUUCAAUUGCCACGAUAUGGACAGCAGAAAGUUUUUGAUAAAAUAUUUCCACCUCAGGAAGUGGAUAUUACUCAUCUUAUUUAUGAAGGUAAACGGCCUUGUAUAAAUUGCGGCAAACGUGCAGAUAUGAUGUGUCCUGAAUGCUUCCUGACAAAGGAGGUUUUCAUUGGUGAGGUGACUUACUGUGGUAUAUGUUAUGAAAAAACCCACAAUGGCUUGGAUCAUCAACCACAGCAAUUGUCCAUCAGCAGUAAUGCGUUUUCAACAUCGUCUUUGUCGCUAUCUCGACGAACGCAGGUACCACAAAAGAAGCUACAGCUUGCAUCUGUUCUUUGCAUCGAAACUUCGCAUUAUGUGGCGUUCGUGCAUGCUCUCUACACCAAUAAAUGGGUGUUUUUCGAUUCAAUGGCCGAUCGAGUGGGUCUUUCUGAUGGCUAUAACGUUCCACAGGUGAAAUUAUGUGAAAAGAUGUCAAACUGGUUGAAUGAUGUCGGUUGGUGUAGAAUUCGUGAUUGUAUCAACCGCGAAGGGCAUUUACCGAAUGAUGUUGAAGGCGAUUUAGAUUUGAUGCGUUUAUUGAGUGACUGUUACAUUUGCUUCUAUACAGAUGAAGAGAACAAAAAUGAAGGUCUCAGUUUAUCGCGUUUUUUUUCCUGAAUAUUUCAUUGCUUUUUUUCUCGG